AUGAAGACCAUUAAGUCAACGCUGAGUAAAGCUGUUGAUGGCAUUAGAAAUGAUGUUGAAACAUUUAAUCGUGAGGACAGCGCUGCUAUGUUGAGUUUAAAAAAAAGAGCACGAAUGAGGCAGAUACCGCACGCUAGGAUGAUGAAAGGAACAUGGGGGGAUAUCCUGGCAACAAAUGCAGACGGUGAAAUCAAAGAGGCCGAUGGCUUAGGAGCGCUUGUGACAGUUUCCAAGCCAGUCUUCGGCCAAAAGGAUCAAUGCAUAACAACAACAGCCAAGUUCAAAAUACAACAACAUCGAAAAACCAUGAAGGAAAAUAUUUUCUGA